GCAGAAUAAAAUAUAAAAUAAUACUCUAGUUGAAAAGUCAAAUGCCUUGCAAAAUACUCCCAGAAAUCUAGAAGAAUUACUAAUACUUCCUCAACAGCUGAGAAGCCAAAACAAAGAUCAAGCAUUUCCAAAAUCUUAUUCAAAUUCGUCAAUGGCGAACAGUAAUUUACCUCGGAGAAUUAUCAAGGAAACUCAGCGUCUUCUCAGUGAACCAGCUCCGGGAAUCAGUGCCUCGCCAUCAGAAGAUAAUAUGCGUUACUUCAAUGUUAUGAUCCUUGGGCCUUCACAGUCUCCUUACGAAGGGGGUGUCUUUAAGUUGGAAUUAUUUUUGCCCGAGGAAUAUCCAAUGGCUGCUCCUAAGGUACGAUUUCUCACCAAAAUAUACCAUCCCAAUAUUGACAAGCUUGGGAGAAUAUGUCUUGAUAUUCUCAAAGACAAGUGGAGCCCUGCUCUCCAGAUACGGACAGUACUCUUGAGUAUACAAGCACUGCUGAGUGCUCCAAAUCCUGAUGAUCCUCUGUCUGAGAACAUUGCUAAGCAUUGGAAAACUAACGAGGCGGAAGCUGUUGAAACUGCAAAAGAAUGGACUAAUCUAUAUGCCUGUGAGGCUUGAUACUGAUGCUAUACCAUUACCCUCUUCGAAUAACUGUGUAAUGUUUGUGUUCUGACUACAUUCAAAACCAAGCUGCUGGUUGUGAAAUGAAUCAAGGGACAACUUAAGAGAAAAUAUGAAAAAAUGGAGUAUAAAAUAUCACAAAGUUUCUGUUGUUCACUUAUAUAUAUCCUUAUGCUUGGAAUUGUAUUAUUGUAUUUAUAUGGGUUGCUUAAAUUCCAAAUGCCAUCGAAUUUCUGGAGUUCUCAUUCUAAUAGAAGGAAUUCUUAAUUUUCAGCAUUUCCUAAUUCGUAUUCUUUGUUUUUUAUGACGAUUACGAAUUUGAUUGUAAUGCAGCUAAUCAGAUUUGUACCAAAAGAAAUUGCUCUUGAAUCUUUGAGGCCACAAUAAUAUUCCUUUUAAACAUGUUCAAAUGAACAAGGAUUGUUUCAACUGCUGUAAUAUUAAUCGCUAAUUCUCGGA